AAUCUUUUCCAACCCUAAUGCAAAAAAUAAUGCUCUUAUCUGAUAUGAGAUGAGGUGUUUGGAUUGCUCAUGCUUUUUGGGCCCUUGGAUUGGAUAUUCUGGAUAACACUUAAUUUCAUCAUGCCUUAGUAUAAGACCUCUCAAAUAUCUUCCCCUCUCCUUUGCACUUUAAUUUCUUGCAUUUUGUUUGCUUCCUAAAUUCAUUCCAAUUUGCUUUUCUCCAACAAACCUAGUUCAUUUUUUUUUGUCUAUUUCUAGAGAUCGAAUAUGUAUCGUCAUCACCAUCUUCACCCUUUUCCUUGUUUGCAUUGCCAACCUCACACCUACAUUAGAAUGGUUCACAAUCUGAUAGAGAGGUGCUUGCUGCUCCAUAUGGAUAGAGAUGAAUGUGUGAAGGCCUUGGCUGAGCAUGCUCGUAUUCAACCUCUCGUAACUAUCACAGUAUGGAAAGAGUUGCUGAAAGAGAACAAGGACUUCUUCCAAUCAUACUUCCGAUCUCUAUCUCCUAGGCCAUACUCAAGUGGAUAUGUUCAAAGGGCACCGAGAUUUGGAAGAAGAAACCAGUGGAAAUAUAUAACUAGACGACGAUGAAAAAAUUCUGUACAUAGAAAAUACAUGUAGUGCAUUAGGAUCUCCUAAAUCCAUGCAUCAUCUUGUCUUCAAUAAGUUAUUUUGUAGUAUUAUUUUUAUGGCUAAAUCAAGCUUGUACUAUAGGUAUUAUUUUGUCUGAUAUUGUUGUCUCAGGAAGAGUGUGUGUGUGACAGACAAGUUAUUGGUAUAUGUAAUCAAUUAGUGGGUUAUCAUAUCAUGUAUACAACCACCCUACUGUAUUAUUUUU